AAACGUCAUUCCGUCGAAGUGAUGAACUGUCAUGGAAGCCCCCAUGCGUACGUCUAAAUUUUAAAAGACAGCCGGAUCAUUUUCUCGUUUAGGUUCCGUGGUUUUGAGAUAUGAGGUAUUUGCUCCGACUGGGGCAUUCGUUUGCCCGCCUUCGUGUCCGCCUGUGUCACCAGAGUGUGUACAACAGCCAUGCAAACCCACGAGGAGUGGGAGUGGACCUUGGUGAAAAGAAACUUGAGAUCUCUUCGGGGAAAUUUGCCAGGUUUGCUGAUGGAGCUGCUGUAGUACAGCUGGGAGAUACCUCUGUGAUGGUCACUGCUGUGAGCAAAACCAAGCCUUCUCCGUCCCAGUUCAUGCCCCUUGUGGUGGACUACAGACAGAAAGCAGCUGCCGCAGGUCGAAUCCCCACUAACUACCUGAGGCGAGAGCUGGGCACCACUGACAAUGAGAUCCUCACCAGCAGACUAAUAGACAGGUCGAUCAGACCACUUUUCCCGGCUGGUUACUUUUAUGACACUCAGAUCCUUUGUAACCUGCUAGCAGUUGAUGGUGUCAAUGAUCCAGAUGUGCUGGCUAUUAAUGCAGCUUCCGCUGCUCUGGCCCUAUCCGACAUCCCUUGGAAUGGACCCAUAGGUGCUGUGCGCGUGGGCAUGGUAGAUGGAGAGUUGCUGAUCAACCCCACCAGGGCAGAGAUGACUUCCAGCAGUCUUAACCUGAUUGUGGCUGGAGCCCCCAGCAGUCAAGUGGUGAUGAUUGAGGCGUCAGCUGAGAACGUGCUGCAGCAGGACUUUUGCCACGCGGUGAAGGUGGGAGUCAAACACACCCAGCAGAUCAUACAAGCCAUCCAGCAGCUGGCCCGAGAGCAGAAGGUCACCAAGCGCACCCCGGUCAAGGUCUUCUCAGCCCCGACAGACAUGGUGGAACAUGUUCGGCAAUUAGCUUCUGAGAGGAUCUACGCCGUUUUCACUGAUUACACGCACGAUAAGAUUUCUAGAGACGGGGCUAUCAACAAAAUUCGGCUAGAAACAGAAGAGGACCUAAAAGAAAAAUUCCCUCAGGCUGAGCCCUUUGAAGUCAGUGAAUCCUUCAACACUGUGAGCAAAGACAUCUUCCGCAAUUUAGUGCUUAAUGAGUACAGGAGGUGUGAUGGGAGGGACUUGAGCGCUUUAAGGAACAUUUCGUGCAACGUAGACCUCUUUAAGCCGCUCCAUGGCUCCGCUCUGUUUCAGAGAGGACAAACACAGGUGCUGUGCAGUGUCACAUUUGAUUCUCUGGAAUCCAGUAUUAAAACAGAUAUAAUCACCACAGCUUUGAGUGGCAUCAAAGACAAAAACUUCAUGCUUCAUUAUGAAUUCCCUCCAUAUGCAACCAAUGAAGUUGGAAAGAUGGGAGGCCUCAACAGGAGAGAGCUUGGUCAUGGGGCGCUGGCUGAGAAGGCUCUGAGACCAGUCAUUCCCAAAGACUUCCCUUUCACUAUUAGAGUCACUGCAGAAGUGUUAGAGUCAAACGGAUCCUCCUCAAUGGCUUCAGCAUGUGGAGGCAGCCUUGCACUAAUGGAUGCAGGUGUACCCAUCUCUUCUGCUGUGGCAGGUGUAGCCGUCGGCCUCAUCUCCAAGGCCAACCCAGAGAAACCUGCUGAGAUCCAAGACUACAGAUUACUAACUGAUAUUCUGGGAAUAGAGGAUUACCUUGGGGACAUGGACUUCAAACUGGCAGGAACAAACAAGGGCAUCACUGCUUUACAGGCUGAUGUGAAAAUACCAGGUUUGCCUCUGCGGGUGGUCAUGGAGGCUAUCCAACAGGCCACAGUGGCAAAGAAGGAAAUCUUGGGCAUCAUGAACAAAUGUAUAGUAAAACCUAGAGAGACUAGGAAAGAGAACGGACCUGUUGUUGAAAAUGUCCGGGUGCCUGUCUCGAGACGAGCUCGCUUUGUUGGUCCAGGAGGCUAUAACCUUCGCAGGCUACAAGCUCAAACAGGUGUGACAAUAAGUCAGGUGGACGAGGAGACUUUCUCUGUGUUCGCUCCAACACCAGGAGCUAUGAACGAAGCUCAAGAUUUCAUCAGUGAGAUCUGCAAAGAUGAUCAAGAGCAGCAGCUGGAGUUUGGCGCUAUCUACACAGCCACCAUCACUGAAAUAAGGGACAUUGGUGUGAUGGUGAAACUUUAUCCCAACAUGAGUGCUGUCCUGCUGCACAACUCUCAACUGGACCACAAACGGAUCAAACACCCAAGUGCUUUGGGUUUAGAGGUGGGACAGCAGAUACAGGUCAAGUACUUUGGACGGGACCCAACAGACGGUAGAAUGAGACUUUCACGUAAGGUGCUCCAGUCUCCUGCUGCAACUGUUGUCAAGACACUAAGUGAGAAACAGAGCAUCUCCAUGGGUUCAAGUAACAGCCAAACGACCAGCACUGAUUUGUGACACGUCAGCACAACAGGCUAACUUCUGACUAUGCCAUUAAGGUGGAUUUAAAUUAUAUAGAUUUUUCUACGAAACAGCCCUGUCAAGAAAUCUCCCAAACCAACAGCAUCGGAUUUUGUCACAAACUGAACCAGUGAUGUAUAUAAAGAACGCUACCCAGUAUGGACGUGAUAAAACUGCACCGGACUGAACUGCAUCUCAUCAAAUACAGUGGCCUGCUUACAUUGUGCUUCAGUGGAUGUGCACAAACUGAGUUGAACCCUUAAAUAAUAACGAGCUGGCAAUACAUGUUUUCUGAAUUUAGAAAUGUUUUGUAUUUUUUAAGUAUUCCCCUUUAAUGGUGCCCUGCUUUCAAAAAUGCCACCUCGGCCAGCAUUGACAGCAUCUAGUUGUAAGAGGGUUAGAUUUUCUUUUAGCUUCCCCCAACACUGUCAUCUAGCAGCUUUUACCUAAUAGACCCAGUACAGUCUAACAAUGGUUGUGUUAUUUACAUGUGAUGAUAAUACUGCCUCUUGUGGUAUGGUACUUACGCAUUUGGUGUCAACUCUAAGCUGCCAGGAUCAAGAUGUGGACAAAGAAAGCAAGUGGGAGAAAUUUCCAUUUUUUAUUAACCUUUUUUUUUUUUUUUUU